UGCUAAUAGAUGGCGUUGUUUGACGAUAGCCACCUGUCAAAAAUAACUUUGUUUAUAUCAUUCAUUUACAAAUAUAGAGUACGAAAAAGAUGCAUUAAUUUAUAAAUUCAAAAGAUCUAUUGUAUAUACAUUUAUAUAUAAAUAUAUAUUUCUAUAUAUCUCGAAUAUGUCAAUAAUGUUAAAACUGUGUAUUAUAUAUUCUCACAGAUUUUUACGCAAUUUUUGAUUAUGUUCGUCGAUAAAUAUAGUGUACUUAAGUAAAGUUUUUAUCUGUUAAUUAAUGCAAGUAUAAUUGUAAAUAAAAUAAUGGCAUUUUCAUUUCAUAUCGGCACUAAGUGGUGCCAUAAUUUUCCAAAACUUGCCAAAGAAUCAGGCUUUCAUUUCAACACACAUAAAUCUAGAGUUCAUAUCGAUUGGAAUCACAUAGGUUCUAUUGACAUAGACAGAGUGAUAAUUGAAAGAGAUUUUAUAACUGUAGAUGAAAAUAUUAAUAAUAUAAUAAAUUAUAACUUGAAAAAUGAAUAUGAUCUAAAAAUAUUGGACUCCAAUUUUGUAAAAGUUUUUCGUCUUGCACAAUUAGCAGUUGAAUAUUUGCUUUAUUGUAAACAGUAUUUAGAUCAAAGUGUAAUAAUAUUAAAGGAUGAGUUAAAAUUAAAAAUUGAAGACAAUCAUAAACUUAGAAAAGAAAUUACAGCUUUGGAAGAAAUAAUAAAGAAUUUAAAAGAUAAAACUAAAGAAAGGAAUAGAGUGAUUGAAACAAAAAUUGGAGAUUCUAAUGGUGAAAUACAUAAAUGUCCACAUUGUCCAAAGUCAUUUAUUUCUACUACAUUUGUUAAAGCUCAUAUAGCUCGCCGUCAUUCAUAUAUUGAUUUACCUACAGAAACAUCACCUGUACAUGAUCAUUAUAAAGCUGAAACUGAAAAAUUACAUAAUGAAAUAAAAAUGUUAAAAGAAAGACUUAACCAAGCUGAGAAAGUUAUAAGAAAUGAAUCUGAUAAAAUAUCGAAUAAUGUUAGAAUAGACAAUAAGGAUAAAGAAAAUGAAAAUGAAAAUGACAGUAUUAGAUAUAAUGUAAAUAAAUAUGAAUUAAUUGAAAGACAACAAAUAAAAAAUAAUGAAGAAAUUAAUGAUUUAAAAAGUUUGCUUUUAGCUGAAAUCAAUAAUUUGAGGCAUAAAAAUGAAAGUCCUUAUAAAGUACAUGGUAAUGUACCUGAGAUUAAUGUUAAGUUAUUAGUAAGUCAACAAGAAAAAGAAAUAGAGAGAUUAAGAAAUCAACUUCUUGAAAAGCUUACUCCGGAUAUAGAAAAAAUGCAUGAUAAACUUAGAAUGCAAGAGGAUUAUUGGAAAUCCAAAAUACAACAAAUGGAUCAUCAGCAUCAUAUAGAUAUAGAAAAAAUAACUUCAGAAUUAAAAUUGACACAACAGGCAGCUGAGUUUAUAAAAGCUGAAUAUGAGUUUAAAGUAAAUGCCCUAGAAAAACAAUCUAAAGACCAAUCAAGUAUUUUAAUAGAACAAAGUAAACAGCUAAGUUCUUUGUCUCAUGGCUUACAAAAUUCACAAAUGCAAACAGAUUUAAAUAAAUAUUUUAAUAAUAUAGAGACAAAAAAUAUUACUACACCUAUGAUACAACAUGGUAAAAGCACAUAUAUCCAAAAUACAAGAAUUGUCGAAAAUGGGGAUGGAGACAAAAUUCGUAUUGAAAAUACGGAUAGUAUAUUAAAGCAAAAGUCCAGAGUGGAAUCAGUAUCGUCAGAACCAAAAAUUUCGCAAAAUUACCAUGAAACUAAACAUGCUGAAAAAUUUUUAAAUAGCAUUGAUUAUAAUGCACCAGAGAUAAAAUUAAAAGAACAGUUUAAAUCUACAGAUAAAACUUCUAAAAAAUUUGAAAGUUUUGAUGUAGUUAAGGUAUCUGAAAUAAAAAAUGAAAGUCAGAUAAAUCAUAAAUCAAAACUUCUACAAAAACAUUCAAAAAAUGGCCUCAUUAAGGUACAUUCAAAUAAAGACAGUAUUCCAAGUAUUUUAAAUGACAAGAAUGAAUCUACAGAGUCAAGUUCUGAAAAUGUAGAUUCUAAAAUAAGUAGAAUUAAUGUAGAAAAUCAUAAAAUAUCAAAAAAUUUUCUUGAUAUUGAACCUGUUGUAAGUUCUGUAACAUCAAGUUAUACUACAACAGAAUCUGAAACAGAAAGUGAUUCUGAAGUUAUCAGUGUUAAAAAAAACACUAUAUUGCCAAAUAAAAAUGAAGUAAUAUCUCCUUUACUUAAAUCUACAGAGACCUCUCCAAAUAACAGUUUCUUUCUUAGAAAAUUAAAAAAGGAUAUACUAGAAACAUUCCAGAAAAAAUUACGUGAUUUAGGAAUAGAUCCGGAAUGGAAUGAAAUACCUCAAGUAUCAUAUAAACAAAAAAUGAAGAUUAUUCGACAUCAUCAAAGUAUAUAUUCUAAGAAAUUUCUUAAAUAUAAUGAAGUAAAACGUAACAUACUUAAAGAAGUUCUUCACAGAAUUUCUAUUAAAAAUAGUAUAUCACAUCAAUCCAAGUCAGUUAAAAGAUCACCAUUAGAUAAACUUGUGACUAAUGUAAAAUCUAAAACUAUGAAAACAUUUAGCAUACCAAAAAGUUCUUAUAUAUCACCAACGAAAUUCAAAAUGGAUUUAGAAGAUGAGGAAUCAAAACAUUUAAACACACAGGAUACAUAUAAAAUUCCAAGAAAGUCUUCAAUUGUACCAAAAGAAAAUGUAUCAAAAAAUGUCGAUGAAAAGGAAAGCAAUGAAAUUAGUGAAAAUGAAACAUUUCCAAAGUUUGUAAAUUCGCAGAGAAGUUCAAAGUCUAUGGUAGAUCAACAUAUAAAUGAUAAAAACCAGACACAAGAAACUUCUUCAAACAUAGUAAAAUUUAUGAAUGGGGAACUUCAGAAAACGUCUACUCCAAAGCAAAAUGACUCAACUAGUUUAUUGAAGCGACAAGAAGUAACACAAAGUUUUAUUACUUCACCAAAACAUAAUAAAGGUUCUUUAAAAUCUACAACAGUUUCAGUAGGUAAUUCAACCAAAAAAAAAGUAUUUUUUAAUCUAAAAGAUAAAAAAGACAAAGAAUUAUCAUCUUCAUCUCAACAAACAGAACUAAAUGAUAGUGAUUGGAACAUUUCAAGCAUUUCCGAUGAAAAAACACAACUUCAAAAACGGAAAUCUCCUAGUGUCGAUAAUAUUGUAUUAAAAACGACACAAGCUGAAAAAAUAGCAGAAAUUUCUAAAAAAAUAGAAAAACAGCUACUUAUAUCUAGAAAGAAACCUAUAGGAUCUAUUGAAGCAAUGUUUCCUUCAGUUUCUAUUUUAGAAAAUAAUGAAAAGGAAGAAACUCAAGAUAAUAAAAUUGCACAAUAUCCUUAUUUAAGUUCAAUUAGUACUAGUAGCUCAAGUUUAGAAAAUUUGAGUCCAAAAGUAACAGUAAAUUCUAAAGUUAAUGGUAUAAAAUUUCCACUGCCAACACCACGGAAUUUACAAAAGAAGGAACUUAAUUUUAUAGAAUCACAAAAGACAUUACCUGGUACUAAUGAUACUAAUUUAGAAGCGGAUAUAGAUGAUAUUUUACAAACGGAAUGAAAACACUUUUGUAUGAUGCAUUCAGUUACAAAUAUUGUAAUGUGUAUUAUUUUGAUUUGUCACUCAUUAAUGACUCAUAAGUUAUUAAUAAUUAUUUCAAUGAAUCAGAACAAUUAUAAAAGUUAUAUUUAUAAAUAUUUACUUACAAUUACAUUUUUAUCGAAUCUGCAUCAAAUUAUAUAUAUAUAUAUAUAUAUAUAUAUAUAUAUAUAUAUAUAUUAUAUUAUUAUAUAACUUAUUUCACUACAUUGCGAGAAGUACUGAUCCAGACUUUAUCACGUAGAGUUUGCUGCAUUUGGAGACCAACUAGUUAACAGUGACUCAUUUAAGUAAACUAAAUGAGAAUAAAAGACAAGCAGUAUUAUCAGAUAUGGAAAAAGUAAAUACUUUAACAUUUACUUACAAUUAGAAUGAAGAGAUUUCUGAAUUUAACUAAGAUAAGCAGCCAUUCGCUCGGUAGUACUUCAAUAUCAUAAAAUUUUGAUAUAUCUUAAGUACUACCGACCCAGGUCCCACCGCGUGGAGGUUGCUGCUUCCGGAGACCCGCGGACUAACGGUGACUCUACUUUUUACUAUUAUACUACUAUCAAGAAAGCAAAGCAACGGGGCGACCUCCACUCCCGACGAAUUCAAGCCUCCAAACGCUAAAAUUGCAGCCCCAUGCGUCUCCGCAUUUGGGAACCGACUUACGCAUAGCUCAACUAUCCAACAUCGGAAGCUUCGAUCACCACUUCAGCACAACCGGUUGUGCUUUCGCGACAAACGCCGGAACCCAAAAUUGAAUCCUACCGCACUCACAGAUACUUACACGAGUAUUCCGGAAACACUCACGCGAGUAUGUUGAGUACGUUGGAGCCAAGGUUGGACUUAAUCGCGCCCGAGAACACCAACGCCUAUGCCAGCCGACAUAAGCGAGUGUCCUUCUAUCUUGCCCGAACGGGAGAAAAGACAUCCUUCUACGCCUGAGGUAGAAAGAUUCUUUAAACACCCGUAUAAGAAUCUAAAUCCCUCCAUGGUCCUUGGGCGAUGAAACGGAUGCGGCACAAUACACGGAUCGAAAUACGCGAACUAACGGGGACUCUACUCUAAAAUCCACGAUCCGAGAUGCCUUUCCGCUUCGGGAGCUUCGAGCUUCUCAGCAAACUGGAGAUGUAUAAAACCCCGCUUACAGAAUGCUCCACCGUCCACACCGUCGGCUUCAGACAUCUCGAGACACGACCGGUCGUGUCUAUUUCGCUAUUUCAAAGAACAAAACGAAGUCCUCGGUAGGACUAAAUCUCGCGAUCGCGAACACCCACGCGCGUGCCGGCCGUCACGCGCGUGAGUGUUUUCCCUAUCAUUCGCGUACGGAAGCAAGGAGACAUACCCUUCCUGCAUAUAACAUAAAUUAUAUGCAGAGAGGUUCCAUUAACUUCCGUGUAAAAUUCCCACGAUGAUAGGUCCAGCGAUCACCUAACUUGAAACAGAAAAAGAGUAUAAGAAAAUGAGGUAAUUAUAUGCAAAAAUAAAAUGCAAUAUUAUAUGCAAAAAGUCAUUUAUAUAUAAAUAUAUAUUUAAAAUCAAAAUAAAAUUGAUAAAUAAAUUAAUGAUUAAAUAAAAUAAAAAAAAAACAAAUAAACAAUUAAAACUUCUCUGUAAAAA